UAUCGCGUUGCAAGGUUUUGUUCACCAUAUCGGAUACAUUCAGUGAUUCACGAUGGCGGCCGCGUCUUCACAAGUGAAUUCUUCCCUGAUUUCGGUCACCUCAAAAUAUGUUGCGCCGUCCGACCCGUCUCUACCUGCCCUUGCAUUGCAAAUCACUAGCCUUGUGGGCUCCUACAUGAUUUGGGUUGGUGCUACGAAUCAGCCGCCAGAGUCUGUGCAGGACGCAGCCCGCUCCGGUAUACUUUGCAGAGAUUGGGCAUGUGCUAUGCCCUCACUACCCGGGAAUGUAGGUGUUGGACCUGCCACUUCCUUGUUUCGGUCAUCAAGCUCUGAUGUCUCGUUCUCAAUGGCGCAACGUCUUGCACGAAGGUUCCAUCGACAGAUAUUCUUAUCGGUUGAUGUGCCUGCCAGCCUUCUAUCUACACCACGGGGAUCGCAUCUGUUGUUUGAUGCAGAGAAAGGCAUAGUUGCCGCCCUCAACAGUCUGGCAGAUGAAGAUGGGCAAGAGGCAUAAUAAAUUCUGCCCUAUCUCAGUUCCCCUCUUUUCGGCGCCCAACAAAUUUGCUAUGCAAACCGAUACUAGGCGCGUGCCAUGCUGUGGAAUAUCAUUGUAAUACAAAUUGUGUUGUCAAAAGUGCUUGGUGAGUCGUGAUCUGGCCAUGGAGCCCCUCACCACGUGUUCUCCUGAGGACAGAGGCUCCUAGCUCCGAGUAGAUUACACAUGGAUCAAAAGUUGGAGCAUAGUAUCAAACUCGUGUUGGCACUGUAUUGUAAUUUUUUGAGAAUGAAAAGUUGAAUUGAUUGGGAUCUG